GCAUCUCUCAAUUAGCUCACAGUUAUCAUGGCCAUGGGGAGGAUCAUAUUCUACGAGGACAAGAACUUCCAGGGUCGCUCCUAUGAGACCAGCAGCGACUGCCCGGAGCUGACCUCCUACCUGAGCAGGUGUAACUCCUGCCGGGUGGAGAGCGGCCUCUUCAUGGUCUACGAGAAGCCCAACUUCGUGGGCCAGCAGAUGCUGGCGAGGAGGGGCGAGUACCCCGACAACCAGCGGCUGAUGGGGAUGAGCACGAGCGACUGCAUCCGGUCCUGCCGCAUGAUCCCCAUGCACAGAGGACCCUUCCGCAUGAGGCUCUACGAGAGGGAGAACUUCGCGGGCCAGAUGCACGAGCUGUUGGACGACUGCGAGAACAUGAUGGACCGUUUCCGCAUGUCCGAGUGCCAGUCCUGCACCGUGAUGGAGGGCCACUGGCUGCUGUUCGAGCAGCCCAGCUACAGGGGCAGGAUGCUGUACCUGAAGCCGGGGGAGUACAGGAACCUGAGGGAGAUGGGGAUGAGCGGCACCACGCGGUUCAGCUCCAUCCGGCGAAUCGUGGAUGUCUGCUAGCGCCGAAGUCUUAGACCGGUUGGAGGAGAAAUAAAUAAAUAAAGCAUGCUGAAACCC